CAGUGUAAAGUAGUUUAAAGUGAAAGUAAAAUCUUCAGCGUCCUCCAUUUUGUGGAGAGAGGAUUGUAAACAAUGUUUGGAGAGAAAACACAGAGAAUGGCUCAGAGUAAGAGAUGUGACUCACCUGAACCCAGCUGUGUGUCCAUGAAGAGUGACCAGUCAAUGGACAAACCAGUAAACCUGAAAGAGAAUAACAGUUCUGAGCUCAGCUCUGUGUCCAUGAAGAGUGACCAGUCAAUGGACAAACCAGUAAACCUCCAAGAGGAUAACAGUUCUUCUGAGCUCAGGGUCCAGAAGGAGACAUCAGAAAUCAGGAAAAAUGUGGAAUCCGUGUUCAAGGAGCUGGAGCAUAAAAUCAUCUCUCAGGUGAAGGAUGAGCUGAAGAGUUUUGUGAAGCUGUUGAGUCUGGAGAGGGAGAUGGAGGACAAGGUAGAUCAAUGCAGUGUCAGAGAGGGGGUGCUGAAGAUCACCCUGCACAUCCUGAGAACCAUGAACCAGACAGACCUCGCUAACACACUACAGAGCAAACUAGCUCCUGCUUGUCAUAGAAAGCUCAAAUCCACACUGAAGGAAAGGUUCCAGAAAAUUAAUGAAGGAAUCCCAAAACAUGGAAACUCAACACUCCUACAUGACAUCUACACAGAGCUGUACAUCACCGAAGGUGGGGAUGGAGAGAUCAAUAAUGAACAUGAGGUUAGACAGAUUGAGACAGCAUGCAGGAGACCAGCAACACAGGAGACACUCAUCAACUGCAAUGACAUCUUUAGAGAGAAAUCUAUCAGAACUGUGCUGACUAAAGGAGUUGCUGGAAUUGGAAAAACAGUCUCAGUGCAGAAGUUCAUUCUGGACUGGGCUGAAGGAAAAGCUAAUCAGGAUAUCCUCUUCAUAUUUCCACUUCCUUUUAGGGAGCUGAACUUGAUGAAGAAUGAAAGAAUUAGUCUUGAAGACCUUCUCCAUCAAUUUUUCAGUGACACUACAGAAUUAAAAUUAAGAGACUAUUAUCGAUACAAAAUCUUGUUCAUCUUUGAUGGUCUGGAUGAAUGUCGACUUCCUCUAAAUUUCCAUAAUAAUAAGCGUCUAUCUGACAUAAAACAGUCAGCCUCAGUGGAUGUGCUGCUGACAAACCUUAUCAAGGGGAAUCUGCUUCCCUCUGCUCUUCUCUGGAUCACCUCUCGACCAGCAGCAUGUGGUCAGAUCCCUCCUGAAUGUGUUGACCAGAUAACAGAGGUACGAGGGUUCAAUGACUCUCAAAAAGAGGAAUACUUCAGAAAGAGAAUUAGUGACCAGAAUCUGGUUAACAAAAUCAUCACACAUAUGAAGACAUCAAGAAGCCUUUACAUCAUGUGCCACAUACCAGUCUUCUGUUGGAUUGCAGCCACUGUUCUGGAGGGAAUAUUUGGUAAAGAACACAGUGAAAAGAUGCCCAAGACUCUGACUCAAAUGUUCACACAUUUCCUGAUCUUCCAGAUCAAACAAAACAGCCAAAAGUACCAAGAAAAAAUGGAUCUUGAUCCUGGCCAGACUAAGAAGAUUAUCUGGACACUGGGAAAACUGGCUUUCCAACAAUUGGAAAAAGGCAACCUGAUCUUCUAUGAAGAAGAUCUGAGAGAUUGUGGCAUUGAUGUCAAAGAAGUGUCAGUGUACUCAGGAGUCUGCACUCAGAUCUUCAGAGAGGAGUUUGAGCUGCACCUGGGAAAGGUGUACAGCUUUGUACACCUGAGCAUUCAGGAGUUUCUGGCUGCUUUAUUUGCUUUUCUCUCUUUUAUCUCUGAGACCAAAAAUGUUCUGGAACAACAUGCACAUCAAACUCAAACAAUGACUGAUUUUCUCAAGAGUGCAGUGGACAAGGCCUUACACAGUGAAACUGGACACCUGGACCUUUUUCUACGCUUCCUUCUGGGUCUCUCUUUGGAGUCCAGUCAGACUCUCCUACAAGGCCUACUGCCAAAGACUGGAAGUAGGUCACAUAGCAAUGAUGAAACAAUUGAGUACAUCAAAGAGAAGAUCAGGAAUGAUCUCUCUCCAGAGAAAUCAAUUAAUUUUUUCCAUUGUCUGAAUGAACUGAAUGACCAUUCUCUAGUGCAGGAAGUCCAAAAAUACCUAAACAGAAAAAGUGACAGUUGUCUCAGUGGAGCUAAACUUUCUCCUGCCCAGUGGUCAGCUCUGGUGUUUGUGCUGCUGAACUCAGAAGAAGAGUUGAAUGAAUUUGACCUGAGGAAAUACGAAUCAUCAGAAGAAUGUCUUAAAAGGUUGCUUCCAGUGGUCAAAGCAUCCUUUAAAGCCUUGCUGUGCGAUUGCAAUCUCAUUGAGGAAAGUUGUGCCAUUCUAGCAUCUGCACUUAACUCAAGCUCUUCAAAUCUUAGAGAGCUGGACCUGAGUAAUAACAAAGUUCAGGAUUUAGGUGUGAAGAAGUUCUCUGCUGGACUGGAGAAUCCACAUUGUAAACUGAAGAAACUGAAGUUGUGCUGGUGUAAUCUCACACAUAAAAGUUGUGCAGUGCUAGUUUCAAUCCUCACCUCAAACUAUUCAAGUCUGAGAGAACUGGACCUCAGUAAUAAUGAUCUGCAGGAUCCAGGAGUGGAGCGGCUGUCUGCAGCACUGGAGAAUCCAGACUGUAAACUGGAGAUACUGAGACUGUGUGAUUGUAAUUUCACUGAGGAAGGCUGUGCAGCUCUUGCUCUAGCUCUCAGCUCAGAGAACUCAAGUCUAAGAGAGUUGGACCUGAGUGACAAUGAACUGCAGAAUUCAGGAGUGAAGCUGCUUUCCACUGGACUGGAGAAUUCACACUGUAAACUGGAGAUCCUGAGGCUGUCCGCCUGCAGUAUUACAGAGGAAGGCUGUGCCACUCUGACUUCAGCUCUGAAAUCAAACCCCUCACAUCUGAUAGAGCUGAAUCUAAACUACAGUGAACCUGGGGAGUCUGGAGUGGAGUUGCUCUCUGAUUUACUAAAGGAUCCACACUGUAAACUUGAGAAACUACAGCUGGAAUGCUGCAGUAUUACAGAGAAAGGCUUUGCUGCUCUGGCAUCAGCUCUGAAGUCAAACCCUUCCUAUCUGAAAGAGUUAAAUCUGGACUACAAUAAACCAGGAGAGUCAGGAGUGAAGCUGCUCUCUGAGCUACUGGAGGAUCCACUCUGUAAACUACAGAAACUAAACAUUGACCUGCUAUGAGUUUCACAGAGACUCUUACCUUCUUACCUGCUCUGAGUCUCACAGAUUUUUACUAAAACUACUGAAAUACACACAUGAAUGUGAACACAGUAACACGUAGAUUCAUGUUAUCUACACAUGUAUGUAUAACAUGAAUCUACAUUACUGUGUCCACUGGGUUAUUGGCUGACUCUGUGAACUCAUCUGCAAAACAGUGUGCUCUCCCAAUGACUUCAUUUCCAGUACACCAGCAAUAGCACCUUCAAAAACCAGUAAAACCUCUCAUAUUUGAGGAGUAUCUAAAAAAAAGAAAGUAAAACUGCAAAUGAGCUUAAGGAACCUCAUGAUGUAAAGCAGUUUGAAGAGAUAACUGAGCAGUACCACAUCUUUUUUUCUCGCUUUGAAUUCAUCUUCAUUAACAAGAGACUUUUAUUAAGAAAAGUGUAAUAUAAACUUGCAAGGAAACUUGAAAUAUAUUAAUAUUUCUAUACAAUGUACAUUUGAAAUAUUUUGUAAUAAAUGUAUAAUGCUGUUUAAUUGGAUGAUGCUCUUUGUUUUGGAUUAUUGCCCUGUUAUUGAAGCCAGCCUCUUUAAAGCUUCAGUUUCUUGACUGACUCUGUACCACUUGCUUCCAGAAUUUACAGAUAUGAGUGGAAUCCAUUCCUCCAUCUAUUCUGGAUAUGUUCCCUGUGUUACUGCAACACAACCUCAAAUCAUAAAAGAUCCACCCCCAUACUUAA